UCCCAAUUGUAUUUGCAAGCAGCCCUUAUUUAUUUUACUCUGACAGCUCACGACGGGGCGGAUUUUGGUAAAGCCCUAACAAAACCUCUGCCGGAUCGCCUGACUCAGGACGAGAAGUAAUUUUCGAGAGAAAUGAAUCGUCGGAGUUUAAUCUCAAGGUUGACGGCAGGUUUCCAGCAGCUCUGUACAUCAGUCGCCGUUUCGAGAGAAAUGAAUCGUCGGCCUUUAAUGUCAAGGUUGGCGACAGGUUUCCAGCAGCUCUGUACAUCAGUCACCGAGUUGAAGCAUCGUCCUUCGAAUAAUCAGCGGCGGCUCUACCCGAGGUUGUCGGCCCUGGGUGCCACUGGCGGCAGCGUGACGCAGACAUUAAACCAAUUCAUCAUGGAGGGAAACAUCGUAAAAAAAUAUGAGCUCGAGAACUGCAUAAAGGAGCUUCGGAAGUAUCGUAGAUACAACCAUGCUCUUGAGAUAUUGGAAUGGAUGGAGAUGAGAAAAAUCAACUAUUCAUUCACUGACUAUGCUCUGCGUUUAGAUCUUAUAUCAAAAGUUAAAGGAAUAGCUGCUGCAGAGAAUUAUUUCUAUGAUCUGUCAUCGUCUGCAAAGAAUCGAUUAACUUAUGGAGCCCUUUUGAACUGCUAUUGCAAGGAAAUGAUGGAGGAAAAGGCUUUGUCUCUUUCUAAGGAGAUAGAUGAGUUGAAGUUUGCUUCCAAUUUGUCCUUUAACAAUCUUAUGACCAUGUACAUGAGAAUGGAUCAGCCUGAGAAAGUACUUCCUCUAAUCGGUGAGAUGAAGCAGAGAGGCAUUUUUCUUAGCACGUACACAUAUAAUGUGUGGAUGAACAGUUGUGUUGCCUUGAAUGACAUUGGAAAAGUGGAUGAAAUUCUUGAGGAGAUGAAAAAUGAAGACAGAAACAAAUUUGAUUGGACAACAUUUUCGAAUUUGGCUGCUAUCUAUGUCAAGGUAGGACAGUUUGAGAAAGCUGAAUUAGCUCUUAAAAAGGUAGAGGAAGAGAUCAAGUCCAAUAAGCAGAAUCGUCUGGCAUACCAUUUCUUGAUAAGCCUCUAUGCGUCGACUUCUAAUCUGAGUGAGGUGAAUAGGAUAUGGAAUGCACUGAAAUCGGUUUAUCCAGUGACAAAUAAUACAAGCUAUCUUGUCAUGCUUCAGGCUCUAAGAAAACUAAACGAUGUUGAGGGUCUUAAAAGAACUUAUAAGGAAUGGGAAUCGAAUUGUUCCAGAUUCGAUUUGCGGUUAGUUAAUUUUACCAUUGGAGCUUACUUACAACAGGGCAUGUACGAAGAUGCUGCAAUGACUUUUGAGGACGCCAUUAAGAUAGGUAAAGGGCCUUUCAUUAGGGCCCGAGAAAUCUUCAUGAUUUACUUCUUGAAGUUCAAGAAAGUGGAUUUGGCACUUAGUCAUUUGGAAUCACUUAUAUUUGAAAGCAAGGACAGUGAGUGGCAUCCACCAUCAGUAAUAUCAAAUGCUUUUCUGAAGUACUUUGAGGAAGAGAAAGACGUUGAAGGUGCUGAAGAUUUUGCCAGGAUUUUAAAGAGAUUCAAGUGUCUGGACGCAAGUGCAUACCAUCUAUUGCUCAAGACGUACGUAGCUGCAGGAAAAUCGGCCCCAGACAUGCGACAGAGAUUGAAAGAAGAUGACAUCGAGAUAAGUAGUGAGCUUGAGGAGUUACUCGGAACAAUUUGCCCCCAAUAAAUACAUGGUCACGUGUACUACUUAUAGAAGUUUCUUUGGUUUGACGACCUUGCUUGAAAAGAUCUAUUCUAUAGGUUGUACAAUUGUGUCCUUGAGUUCUAAGAAACUCCUUUGACCUGUGAUAGAAUUUGACCAAGUUCAUUCAUCUCGUUCUCAGCAUCGAAGUCGCCCCCAGCUCAUCGGAAAGCAGAGUUUCGGUAAUACUCUGGUAACUGAUGGUUCAAAGGAAAUUGUAGCCCUAUUUCUGAAGAGGUUAGGGAAGGGAGGGCAAGGAAUUAGAAUAGCAUGUGAAGCAUGUAACUUUAUUUUCUUAGACUGGACAAAGUCAUCCUAUUUGCCAUCUGUAAUACAUUGAAGUGACGUUUAAAAGUAUAGUAUCAAACAUUAAAUUGAUUUUGAAUUAUUAAA